CUGCUGAGCUGUGAUGGUGAUGACGAGGUGAAAAUGGCGGAUCUUUCGAAAUACAAUCCCGGCCCCUGACAUACCAGAGGCGGCGGCCGCGGCGGCGUCGCCACCCGGGCUCCCUCCUUGGCCCCCGGGAUCCCUGUAGCGCUCCAGUUCGUGCAGACUGGGGAAGGAAGCGGCUGGCCGGAGCUACCGUGCACAGGCAAAACAAGCACCGCCCGGGCUCGGAAUUGCCCGGGACCUUCUGGAGUCCCCACCUCGGAGCCGGAGGGAGGAGACAGCGGCAGCCGCCGGAGUGCCUGAUCAACUUUCUAGCAGGAGAACGAUCAUGGAGGUGGUGCCAGCUGAGGUGAAUAGUUUGCUUCCAGAGGAGAUAAUGGACACUGGUAUAACUUUAGUGGAUGAUGAUAGUAUUGAGGCUGUUAUUGUUUCAUCCCCAAUUCCCAUGGAGACAGAACUGGAAGAAAUUGUCAACAUAAAUUCUACUGGUGACUCUACAGCCACGCCCAUUUCCACGGAACCAAUAACAGUGUACAGUAACCACACUAACCAAGUUGCAGUGAAUACCACAAUUACUAAAGCAGAUUGUAAUACCACGGUGAAACCAGCUUUUCCAAGUGGCCUUCAAAAACUUGGUGCUCAGACUCCUGUGACUAUAUCAGCCAAUCAGAUUAUUUUAAACAAAGUAUCACAGACAUCUGAUCUUAAACUUGGCAAUCAGACCCUUAAACCAGAUGGACAGAAGUUAAUUUUAACAACUUUGGGCAAGUCUGGUUCACCAAUUGUUUUAGCACUACCCCAUAGCCAACCCCAGGCUCAGAAAGUUACAACUCAGGCCCAGUCAGGAGAUGCUAAGUUACCACCGCAGCAAAUUAAAGUAGUUACCAUUGGAGGGAGGCCAGAGGUGAAACCUGUCAUUGGUGUCUCAGCAUUGACCCCAGGAAGUCAACUGAUUAAUACUACAACUCAGCCCUCUGUGUUACAGACCCAACAGUUAAAAACAGUACAGAUUGCGAAGAAACCUCGAACUCCAACCUCUGGUCCAGUAAUCACGAAGCUGAUCUUUGCAAAACCAAUUAAUAGUAAAGCAGUUACAGGACAGACAACUCAAGUAUCACCACCAGUCAUUGCAGGUAGGGUUCUUUCACAGUCUACUCCCGGGACUCCAUCAAAGACCAUAACAAUAUCUGAAAGUGGUGUUAUUGGAUCAACUUUAAAUUCUACAACACAGACACCAAAUAAAAUAGCCAUCUCACCUUUGAAAUCGCCAAAUAAGGCAGUGAAAUCAGCUGUGCAGACCAUCACUGUUGGAGGAGUGAGCACAUCACAAUUUAAGACAAUUAUUCCUCUGGCAACUGCUCCCAAUGUCCAGCAGAUUCAAGUGCCUGGAAGCAAGUUUCAUUAUGUCCGACUUGUUACUGCCACAACAGCCAGUAGCUCAACCCAGCCAGUUAGUCAGAAUCCCAGUACAAACACUCAGCCUCUUCAGCAAGCAAAGCCAGUGGUCGUUAAUACCACCCCAGUGCGGAUGUCAGUGCCACUUGUCUCAGCGCAGACUGUCAAACAAGUUGUUCCGAAACCGAUCAAUCCAACUUCCCAAAUAGUCACCACCAGCCAGCCACAGCAGCGGCUUAUCAUGCCUGCCACCCCACUGCCACAAAUCCAGCCAAACCUCACGAACCUGCCACCAGGCACUGUGCUGGCACCGGCUCCAGGAACAGGGAAUGUAGGCUAUGCGGUGCUUCCUGCUCAGUAUGUGACUCAGCUACAGCAGUCUUCCUAUGUGUCUAUAGCAAGCAACUCUAACUUUACCGGAACACCUGGUAUCCAGACCCAAGCAAGGCUUCCGUUCAAUGGCAUAAUGCCAUCAGAGUCUGCCAGUCGGCCCAGAAAGCCUUGUAAUUGUACAAAAUCGCUGUGUUUGAAAUUAUACUGUGAUUGCUUUGCAAAUGGUGAAUUUUGCAACAACUGCAAUUGUACUAAUUGUUAUAAUAACUUGGAACAUGAAAAUGAAAGGCAAAAAGCAAUAAAGGCAUGCCUUGACAGAAAUCCGGAAGCUUUUAAGCCCAAGAUAGGGAAAGGAAAGGAGGGAGAAUCAGAUCGACGUCACAGCAAAGGAUGUAAUUGCAAACGAUCAGGAUGUCUUAAAAACUACUGUGAAUGCUAUGAGGCAAAAAUAAUGUGUUCCUCAAUAUGCAAAUGUAUUGGCUGUAAGAAUUUUGAAGAAAGCCCAGAAAGAAAGACGUUGAUGCACUUGGCAGAUGCAGCCGAAGUAAGGGUACAGCAACAAACAGCAGCAAAGACUAAGUUAUCCUCUCAGAUUUCGGACUUGCUUACUAGGCCAACACCAGCUUUGAAUAGUGGAGGAGGAAAAUUGCCAUUUACGUUUGUCACUAAGGAAGUAGCUGAAGCCACGUGUAACUGCCUUCUUGCCCAGGCGGAGCAGGCAGACAAGAAGGGGAAAUCAAAGGCAGCAGCUGAACGGAUGAUACUUGAGGAAUUCGGGCGAUGUUUGAUGAGCGUCAUCAACUCUGCAGGAAAAGCAAAAAGUGACCCUUGUGCCAUGAAUUGCUAACUCUUGCACAAAAGACUGAUAAAUCGAACUGUACAGAAAAUUGAAGGUGCAGGGACACUUGAUUUUCUGGAAGAUAGUUUAACAAUUAUUGUAUUGUUAGUUCAGUCUUGUGAGACCUGAAAUUAUAAUAUUGAAAGAGGAGAAAUUUUAAACGAGGAAAUUACAUUUUAAAUCUUAGUUAAAUCUGCUUAUGCCCCUUCUAAAUUGAAUUUUUCUUUAUUGUAUUAUAUAGAUUUUUAAUUUGCUUGGGUUUCUUAAGAACUAGAUGUUCUGUCCUUCUGAUUCUAUUGACAAAGAACAUUUAUAAAUUACUAUUAUAUAAUUUAUAAUGUAUGGCGUUGUAUGACUUUGUUCCAGUAGAAAAAGCCAAAGAAGCACUGGU